AUGAACCCCAACUCAACGUCCUUUGGACAACCGGUCCUACCCGACUCCUACGCGCCAGCCAGGACUGCAGCGCAGACUGGAAACAUUUCGCCACCAGAGUCGUGUCAUGUGAACGAGGACGAGAAAGACAAGCAGGCACCACCACGACACCCCCUUCCAUGUAUUCGGGAGGUUUUGGGCAACAAUCUUCCUCUGCCAUACCCCAUGCAAAUAUUACUCCCUCGUAUACAGUCCGCACAUACGGCACCGUCGUCGCACCAGAUCGGGCGACCGAGUUCGGGACGUAUGCCAACGGAACCGAUUAACCUUAUUAGACCGGUCACGUGGUCACCGAUGUGGGAUAACGGCUUUCCCCAUCAAUCUCAGGUGCAAGAAGAGGCGUCGCGCACGGAUUUCACCUCGAUCACUACCGAAGAAUCAGAAAACAUGUCUCUUGACUCGUUAAGAACGGGCAAGUCUCCUAUCCAGAGCGCCAAGACAGACAUCGUCCCCCGUCCCCGAGUCACUAAAUCCCUCCGAGCUCGACAACGUUCAUCUGAGAGCCCCAGUCACUGCUCAAAUAGCGUUUUCCAAAAGAAGUAUCCCGAGACUGCACAAAGAGGUCUCAUUUUCGAUGAGAAGAGUGUCACAUGCGUGUGGCCCUUGCCAUAUAACAAAGGCAAGGUGCAGUGGGGAGAGCCCUGA